AUGUGUCCUGGACCUUGGAUGGUGAAUAUGAGUGGAGAAAAAGUGAAAUCUUCGCCCGUGCGUCAAAGACCUAGAAAUCCUGCAUUUAUGAACGAUCCAAAUAAUAACGAGUCAAAUACGUUUUUAAAUGAUAUACCAAGCAUUCUAUUCAUACUGAAGGCAACAGGGCUCUUACCCAUCUAUCGAAUGAUAUCUAACUAUGAACUGGGUCCGCCAAAUGGUAUUCGACGUGUCUAUUCCAUGAUUGCUCAUGCUCUAGUUCAUUCGAUGACCAUUUACAAUCUGUACAAUCUAUUUUCGGAUGGUUCCACACAAUUAUUCUAUUCGUAUCGCGAAACUGACAACAUAAACUACUGGAUUGACAUUCUAUUGUGCAUUGUGACUUAUACAACGACCGUGUUUAUAUGUUCGAAAAACUCGAAAUCGUUUUUGAAAAUUUUGAAUGAUAUUCUCAAGGUGGAUGAGGAAAUAAGUCGAAAAUCGUCAGUCAAUAUUGUUAACAAUUGUGGAUUUGCCGUCAAGUUCAUUAUACUAAUAGUAAUUUUUCAAUGUUACAUAAUUAUUUUAAAAAUUUUGGGCAUUAAUGAACCCUUAACAGUGCCUUCAUACAUUCUGAUCGGGUUUUAUUCAUUGCAAAAUGGUUUGUCGUCAAUAUUCAUUGUGUUUGCUUCGAUUCUGUUGCGCAUUGUAACGGUACGUUUCGAAUACUUGAACUCCGUUAUUAAUGGCUAUACCUACCGGGAACAGAAGGGCAAAGUGAGGCAACGUAUUAGACGUUUAGACAAUAUUCGUUCACCCGGUAGUAUUCCCUCGCAACCACCACCCAUGGAAAACUUUCCAGAUGAUUCACUAUUUGCCUUUCGCAUGUACAAUAAAUUGUUGCGCCUUUACAAAGCCAUCAAUGAAAGUUGCAGUCUAAUAUUGGUCGUUUAUAUGGGCUAUGCCUUCUAUUCGAUUACCACAACUACAUAUAAUUUAUUCGUUCAAAUAACAACACAACGCGACAUGUCAAUAAAUGUCCUGCAAAUCUGUUUUGUUCUGCUGUUUCUGCAUACCACUAUGCUGGCCCUAUUAUCACGAUGUUCUGGACAAGCUACGGAUCAGGCAAAUGAAACAUCACAGAUACUAGCACGUGUGUAUGGCAAAAGCAAGGAGUAUCAGAAUAUCGUUGAUAAAUUCUUAACAAAAAGUAUUAAACAAGAAGUACAGUUCACUGCUUAUGGAUUCUUUGUUAUUGACAAUUCAACACUUUUUAAGAUAUUUUCGGCUGUUACAACGUAUCUGGUUAUUUUAAUACAAUUUAAACAAUUGGAGGAUUCGAAAAUGGUAGAACCUACGGCAAUUACAUUUAUUGCAACAACAGCAAAAUCAAAUGAAACAAUUUAAGAAUUUAG